AUGUCGUAUUUGCGGUCUAUCAUUGUUUCAAUGGAGGAAAGGUCUAUCGACGGCCUCACAAAGGAGCAACCCUCUCCUACUUGCAACGUGGACGCUCACGCAGUAACAGGACCUUCAUAUCAAGCUGGCUCGUACAUGCGAAUUGCACUCAUAGUGCGAGCCUAUCUCAGCGAAGGCCCGAUGGACUACCAUGAUGCUAUGAUGCCUCUUCACGGAUUCAUCUAUACGCGGGUCAUCCUUUUCAUUAUCGGCAUCAUGGGAACUUCUGAUCAUCUGAAAGAUAAUAUCAAUGACCCCAUGGCCUACACUUUGGCUGUGUUCGGGGCUGCAACCAUCUCUGUCAGUCACAUCAGCAGUCCUUGGGCAAUUGUGUGGUACCUAGGAACGUUCACCUUGAUCGGGAUCAAAAAUCGCUGGAGCUCGAAGCUGGAAAGGCAGCUCAUCAAGUCUGGGCCAGCCCAGGUUCAGGCUAGCUUCUUUACAGAGAAGCCUUCUGAAAUUGGUGACCUUCCUGCAGACCAGCUUGGACAUCUAGUGAUGAAGUUGCUUGACGUACUCUAUCAGAGUCUGAUGGGACAGAUUUGGUAA